AUGAUCCUAUACUCCCUCUUGUUCCUCGCCUCCAUCUAUGUAGUCUCUCCCUCCAUACCCUUGCUCAAACCCUCCAGCUCCAAAGAGAGCUCCACUGCAAAGAGACCUGACAAGCACACCACUGGCUUCAUCAACAACAGAAACGACUGCUUUGCCAACUCCACAUUGCAGUCCUUGGCCGCCUUGCCUUCUCUAGUUGCUUAUCUCAACCUCUUCAACGGGUUUUUUGUUGCGAACCAGCUCCAUAACGAUACACCUAAUGAUACACCUGAUGACGAUGUCACCGAUAACGAUAACGAUAGCGAUAGCAAUGCUGAUACUCAUACCCAUGCUCAUAAACACAGUAUCCAAAUUGACAAGAACACUCCCAUAUUACACCAGUCUCUAUCGUCAAUGGUAAACAUCCUCCAGAACCAAAUCUACAAGCCAACCUCAAUCUCGGUCUGGCCAUUUCUAAACAUUCUAGAAACCUUGUUUAAUUCAAGAAUCUCACGAAAUCAGCACGACGCUCAUGAACUAUUACAAUUGAUCAUUGAAACUUUGCAAACUGAAUAUCUCUUUCAGUCAAAAUUUUUCACCGACAGUAACCCUAAUAUUGAUAACGAUGUUGAUAAUAACAUUAGCGCUAAUAUUUCAUUUCCCUUUGAAGGAACUUUAUCAACUCAAUUAACCUGCUUAUCUUGUCUCCAAGUAUCAAACAUCAAGCAUUCAAACUUCAACAUCUAUUCAAUUCCCUUACCUCAAAACAAAUCUUCAAUCAACCUAACCGAUCUCAUCAACUUGAACAACACAGAAUCAAUCAGCGAUUACUCCUGUUUAAAAUGCAAACUCAAACUAAUCAUCAAAUUCGAACAAUACAAUCAAUCUAAUCAAUCUAAUCAGUCUAAUCAAUCUAAUCAAUCAAAUCAAUCAAAUCAAUCAAAUCAAUCAAAUCAUUCCAAUCAUUCCAAUCAAAAAAGACUAGAUCAAUUGAUUCAAUUUGAAAAAAACUGCAAAAUUAACGAUGACAUACCCACAGCCGACAACCUAAACCACUUUAUUUCAAACUACAAAUUUCCCGUUUCAAUCAAUCCCUAUCCUUCCUCCUCCUCUUCCUCUUCUAAAAAUAUCAUCUCUUCAACCAUCAUCAAAAAAACUUUUUUUUCAAAAUUCCCAAAAAUCCUAAUCAUCCACCUUUCCAGAUCAAUCUUCUUAAACGAUUUCAGCUCACACAAAAACUCCUGCAAAAUCUACUUCAACUCCUCUUUAAACCUAUCAAACAACAACAUACUCGCAAAUUACACCCUCAAAUCAAUCAUCUCUCAUACUGGAACACACAAUGCCGGCCACUACGAAUCAUACAGACACAAACCAUCUUUCCUCAAAAUAUCAAAAAACAACUACUCCAACAACGACCCAAAAAUCGAUCUAUCCUCCUUAAUCCAAAUCAACAAAAACAACACCAACAACACCACCACCACCGCUCAAUCAAAUCCCACCUCGGCAUCCUCUUCUUUAAAAAUUAACAAAAAUUCCAUCCCGGGCUACUUACCACCAAGCAACAUUUCCUCUCUAACACAUUCUACAAAGGAUUCAGAUGAUACAAGUAUUCUUGACUCAAGAGAAAAUUCAAGAGAAAAUUCAAAAGAAGAUUCAAAAGAAAACCAAAAUCAACAAAAUGAAGGCGUUUCAAUCGAAUCUCAAAAUAAACGCCCUUUAAAAUCUAAACAAAAAAAGAAAUCUUUCCUACAAUCCUCCCUCAAAAAACCAUACUGGCGAAUCUCAGACACUGAAGUCUCUGAAGUCACUGAGUCCCACGUCCUCAGUUGCAAUGAAGCUGUCUAUAUGUUGUUCUACGAACUCAUCGAAUAA